GGCUGGAUCGAACUAUAUAUAUGCAUAUGCCUGAUGAUUUACAUUCACUUUUCCGAGUGUGCUAGGUAAACCAACACUGAAAAAAGAAAGAAAGAAAUGAAUGCUAUGGCAUUGAGCAAGAGAAAGUCUCCUCUGGCAAUUCCAAAAGUGAGUCAUGGAUCGUUACAGAGGAAACAUCAGAGGAGGAGGACGGAGAAACUGAAUGCCCGAAUGAGACAGUUGCGAGCAGAGAUGGAAAAGAUCAGCGAAGAACAAAGAGAGAUCAAAGAGGGCCAAAUGCAGGUCAAACAAAAAUUUGAAGCAAUCGAGCAGGAAUGUGAUCAGCUUCGAAAUGAGACUAACCUCAUCAUACAACAAAGUGCCAACACCCAACUCCGCCUCGCCCUCAUGUUUCGGAUCCUCAAGGCGAGGGAAGACCAAGACUUCAACAGAGCAGCACAGCUCACUCAGGCUUUGCGUGAACUCGUAACAAUGCAAAACCAGAAGAUGGAAGGUUCGGUGGAAAAUUUGCUAGGCAAGUAACAGUUAAAUAAGGGUUUAUAUUUGAUGCAUGAUAUGAAUGUGCUCUAUACAUGUAAUUAUGAAUUACAUGUUGCCAUACCAAUAAUGCCGUGAAAAAUUUAGCAAAGUCUUCAAAAAUAAGUGAACACAUUCAAGUGUUUAAUCAGUUAAAAAAAGUUACUAAGUAUUUAUUAAUCUUUUGUUUAACCUCUUUUGCACAAA